CCUACAGAAUACGGGGCUCCGCGCGCCCAAGAAACGGCAUCUACAAUUACCAGCACAGCACGUGAAUAAUGACGCAUUGACAUUUGGAAACAUGGAUGGUUUAUCUCCUCGUUGAUUUUUGCUUUUCCCCUUCGCUUCGCUAUGAUUUACGGAUAUGGACAUUUGGACAACGGAAUACGAGAAACGGGUUAUGUUUGGUUUUUCUUUUUGUUUGCGUUAAAGAAUUUUAUAUCAUCAUGAAGGAAAUGCCUAAUGAACAAACAUGCGGCCACCCACGGGGUUCUACUAUCGAUAGGUCGGCCGUUCAUUUGAAACAAAUCUACCCCAGUUAUUGUUUUUCUUGCUGCAUUCAACUUCUGUAUAUCUUUCUUCCUGCAAGAUGUUUUCUAGUGGCUUUGACUUUUUUUUUUUUCUUGCGCAGUUUGUCAGUCGCCUUGUAUAAAGUCGGUAUCUCGGGUUGAGCGAGUCUAGUUCUGUUUGCUUCGAGGUUUGGUGACUGUUCUCUG